AAGUAUGUCACUAAAUCAUGUUAUAGAGGUGUUUGUUAGAAGCUCUGACUGAAAUUUUAUGGUGAAAGUGAAACUGUGGAAAGCAAUGGGAUUUUGAUAGAGAUGGGUAGAUAAGAUUUCGUUUGGUUACUGAAUUCCUUGGCCCAUAUAAUUCCAGAGGUGUUUUAUUUACUCUGUAGAUUGAAGGUCUCUCUUUUCACAUGGGUAGAGGGGAAAGAGCAAAGGGACUCAGCAAAUCAUGUAUUCUUCUCAUAGUGAUUGCUGGUAUGGAGAGGUUUGCAUUCAAAGGGGUGGCAUCCAAUUUGGUGACUUAUCUCACAGAUGUUGUGAAGAUGAGCAACUCUUCUGCUGCCAAGACUGUCAACGGUUGGUAUGGGUUCACAUCCAUGCUGCCACUGCUAGUGGCACCGCUGGCUGAUUCUUGUUGGGAUCGAUAUUCCACCAUAUUGGCUUCUUCUUUCCUGUAUGUUGUGGGGCUUGUGGCAGUAACGUCAACAGCAUUAACAAGGGCAUGGUCUCCACCAAGUACCCCAGGCUCCUCUUCUUUCCUCUUUUGGUCCCUCUGUUUAAUUUCACUUGGCCAAGGAGCAUAUAACCCAUCCUUGCAAGCCUUUGGAGCAGACCAACUUGAUGCCACCGAUGAAUUAUUGCCUUGUGGCAAAGAUGAUGAGAAGUCUGAUGAGAAGAGUCAGUUUUUCCAAUGGUGGUAUUUUGGAGUUUGCAGUGGUAGCUUGUUGGGUGUCACACUUAUGUCUUACAUCCAAGACACCUUUGGUUGGGUAUUAGGAUUUGCUAUCCCCACGGUUGCAAUGGUCACAUCAAUUGCAUUUUUCUCAUGUGGAAGCCGGAUCUAUGUUUACAAACCAGAUGAAGAGUUAGAUUGUAAGCCUUUUCAUACCAUAAUUCAUGCCAUCAAAGUAACAUUAUCAAAAUUGAGUAAGAGUAAAAUCACCUUACCAGAUGACAAUACCGAAAUGGUGGAGCUACAGCUUCAAGAGAAACCAAUGUGUCAUGACCAAUUGGUUAACAAUAAGAGCUUGGAUGAGAACCCCAAAAGUGGCACUUACCUGCUUGAAAAUUCUAAGAUUGUGCUGCGUCUUUUGCCCAUCUGGACAAUGCUACUAAUGUUUGCUGUAAUUUUCCAACAACCUGCAACAUUUUUCACUAAACAAGGUAUGGCAAUGAAGAGGAACAUUGGCAGGGACUUCAAGAUCCCACCCGCAACACUACAGAGUGCUAUUACGCUGUCUAUAAUCCUCCUUAUGCCUUUGUAUGAUAAGAUCUUUAUCCCAAUUACACGGAUGGUAACCCGUAGUGACAAAGGUAUCAGUGUAAUGCAGAGAAUGGGAAUUGGAAUGUUUCUCUCUAUCAUAGCCAUGAUCAUUGCUGCAAUUGUUGAAACAAAGAGGCUUGAGAGCAGUAGAAAAAUGCUAACCCAAGAUUCAGAAACAAUGCACCUCAGCAUCUUUUGGUUGCUACCUCAAUAUAUUCUCCUAGGCAUUUCAGACAUUUUCACUGUUGUUGGGAUGCAAGAGUUCUUUUACAAUGAAGUACCUCCUAGAAUGAGAACAAUGGGAUUCGCACUAUAUACCAGUGUUUUUGGGGUGGGUAGCUUCUUAAGUGCCAUAUUGAUUUCAGUCCUGGAGGUCUUGACAAGUUCAGAAGGAAGACAAAACUGGUUCUCUGAUGACAUGAGGAAAGCCAGACUAGACAAAUACUAUUGGCUUGUAGCCCUAGCAAGUGCGGUGAGUCUGUUAUUGUAUAUAAUUUUGUGUAGAUGUUACAAAAGCAGGAAAGACCAUGAAAAUAACGACUGUAAAUGAGCUCUUUCUUUUGAGUUUCAACUGCUUUUAAUAUAGAUGUUCUUAACUU